UGCCCAAGGAAAAAAGCGAAUUCGGAGUUCAGCUGAAGUAGCUCUUUUUUUCCAUAUACAAGGAGAAAGAACUGAAAAAAAAAUUGGUUUAAUUUUACCAAGGGGAGUCUAAUAUAAAUAUAAUUAGUCUGUUGCAACAUUUAUCAAAGAUUGACUGGGAGGGGUUGUUUUUCAAGUCAAGUCUAGAGCGACGGAAUGUAUAGAACGAUUUCCGAUUGUCGAGUGCGGCUACUGCUGUCCCAAGUUUCCACAUUUUCUCACAUCAAGACAGGACGCCGAGCUUUUCGGCUACAAUGAGAUUAAAAUGAAGCUCUUUGGACUCUGGGUUGCCUUUCUCCUGGCGAGCACUUAUCGAUGUGGUGAAGGGCUGCAGUUCACAAGGAACCCCACCAACCUGACAGUGUCCCAGGGCAAUAAGGCCAUGCUGCACUGUGCUGUAGAGGGGGAGAGUGAGCCUGAAAUCGUCUGGAUGAAGGAUGGAGAGAAGACCCACAACGCUGAAGAAAUGUACAUCACUGUAGACCCAAACCACUGGGAGACCUUCUACAGUGUCAAGUCUGCCCAGAAGCUGGAUGCAGGAAAGUACUGGUGUGCUGCUGAUUUUGGUGGUGAAACUGUGUCAUCAGAGCCAGCCUGGAUCACCGUGGAAGGUGUGCCACACUUUGUGGUGGAGCCCCAGGAUGUGGCGGUGCUGCCCGGCGUGCCCUUUAACCUCAGCUGCGCGGCCGAGGGCCCCCCCGAGCCGGUGGUGGUAGUGUGGUGGAUAGAGGAGAAGCAGAGCGGAGAGCCAGCCCCUUCUCCUGCUGUCCUCUCGCUCCCAGGCAUCAAUGAGAGCAUCAAGAUCCACUGUGAAGCCAGGAAUGUCAAGGGGAUCUCUGUGUCUCGUACCGGCAUCGUCUCCAUCAAGGGUCUCCCAGAAGCCCCCAGUGCACUGCAUGUGAUUGAGGUCCAGGAGAGUAAUGUCACCAUAUCAUGGACCCCAGGCUUCAAUGGAUACUCCCCCCUGAUGUCCUGUACUGUCCAGAUGUCAAAGAAUUCUGGGAAGAAGAUGGAAACUUUAGAGCAUUAUGUGACUGUACCUCCCUUCCAGCACCUCAUUGGAGGGCUGAAGAGCUUUUCAAACUACAGUGCAAGAAUCUGCUGUGAAAAUGAGGUUGGGACCUCUCCUUUCUCACACUGGGUAGAUUUCCAGACAAAAGAAUCAGGUUGGUGAAAAAGUCACUGCUGA